UACCACUCUUUGUGUAUGGUGCAGCUGCUAUCUAGUAGGUUCCAAACCAGGGCAGUUCACAACAGCAAGAAUUUAACGGUACAACACACAAAUCUGCCGCUUUUUAUCGUAUUCUGGCUUUGUUUAGGUGUACCUUGUGUAUACACUUAUCUGCUCCUCGAGUCCUCAUCUAUCAUGAGCAAAGACAACAUGCGACCGGAUUCCGAGCCGAAUGUCAAUUCACGUUCCACGAAUGCCCCUACGGAAGAGGACCACAAAACAUUGCAUGACGCGAUCUAUCUUGGUGAUGUUCAGUUGGUACGUCGCCUGUGCUCGGACGACCGCAUCAAUGUAAACGAAGAAAAAGAUGGAGAAAUCCCCAUUACGACUGGGCUUGCAAAUUUUGUCAGCGUCGAAGUUUUCCGCGUACUUCUUCAGUGCCCCCGACUGGAAGUCAACAAGUUGGUCAACACAUUUUACGGGCCGAUGACUGCAAUAAUGUUUUCCGCCGCGAUUGCGGGCAAAGUCGAAACAACAACGGCUACAUUACAGAAAAUUGAGUUGUUGGCUUCUCACCCAGAUUGUAAUCUUGGUUUUCAAGGCCCCCAGGGAGUAACAGUUCUUGAACUGGCUAUUACAAGCAACAUUCCGGCUGUUGUGCGAUGCGUCACCCGCGGAGAAAGAAUGCGCAAAUAUAAACAUGUGAACAUCGUCAAAGGCUGCCUUUUGGCCUUAAGAAGCGACAACGGAGAUGUAAUGGAAGCUUUUUUUGAGAGUUUUCCACGCACGCAGAGGAUCAUACUGUUAGAGAAUAUAAAAGAAAUGGCUACCAACGGGUUUCUAAGAAGUUUAUCCAUCGAUCCAGAUGAGUACCGCUGCUACAACUUGGACUCGAUGAUUAAUAGCCUCAAGUCGCAAUCGUUCCAACAGACUAGCCCCGGAACGCCUAUGCGGGCCCAAGCAAGCCCGGAAGAAAGCGCGGGCUUCAGCAGUGAAUCGAAGGUAGAAACAAACUUUCCGGCAUCAAAACUCGCUGAUGCGGUUGUCGGGAAGUCUACCGAAAUGGGCGAGAACUUUCAACAGCCGGGUACAGGUCUCUUCGCGGCUACCUUCGCAACGUUUGGCAGUGACUGCGAGUACGAUUUCAAUGCAAACAGUCUAAUAAGCUAUGGCAGAUUUGGAGUUGUGUACAAGGCCACCGUCACAAACCGAGGCAGUUACAAAGGAGACCGAACCGUUGCUGUUAAGCGAGUUCAGCUGCUCAAGAGAUCGAGCGACAAUGCAGAAGUCAAUAAAUGGGUGACUUUAUUGUCCUUGAAUCAUAAAAACAUUGUGAUGUAUCACAAAGUGAAAGUCAACCCAGAUCUUGUUGAGCUAAUGAUGGAGUAUUGUCCAGGGGGUGACCUGAACGGCUUCAUUAAUUCCUUGGAUCAAAAGAAGAGACUGGCUUUGCAACAGGUUACAUACUUUGCAAUGCAGAUCGCAGAAGGGUUGUGCUACCUACACGAAAAUAAUGUAAUUCACGGAGAUUUAAAACCAGCUAAUGUGUUAUUGAAGAAGAAGUCAGCAGACGACAGAGUGGACGCCUAUAGUUUGUGCAUUGGUGACUUGGACGACCGUGUUGUCAUGAUGCAGAAUAAAACAUGCUCAAAAGAUGUUACACAUCUUCGCGGCACACUGCGAUACAUGUCGCCCGAGAUGGUGAAAAAAGUUUUUCAACUAAACGAGGAAGAACCCGGAAGAAAAACCGACAUUUGGAGUUUCGGCUGGAUCCUUCUUGACCUUGUAGACUGUAAUACCGGAAACCAAGAAAAACUACUCCACAAAAACGGAGUUGAAGAACGCUUCUCGGUCAAUAACGUUAACGAGUACGCUUUGAUGUGGAAAAUUGUAGACGGAUUUGUUCCACUUGUGAGGACUGAUUUAGAAGAUUGGGAACCAAAAGCACUGUCGAAAGUCCGCAGUCAGCUUGAUAUUAUAAUACAGAAAUGUUUCCAUGAAAACAGCGACCAGCGAUUGACUUCUUCGGCUCUGGUGCACGACCUUGAAGAAAUCUAAUCGAGAUCCAUUUUGCUGAUAUGAUCGAGGACUGAAAUAUCGUGUGUUUUUUCAAUGCAGUCUACAACAAGAAAUUCCUAACUUUUCGCGCGCCACGCUGUUUCAAGAUGUCUUCAUAACUAGAAAUCGGACGAAUAAUCCUUAUCGCAUCACUGCAUAAUUCUUUUUUUAUAUCAUUGCUUAGCAUAUGUGUCGAGGUUGAGGGAUAAUGGAGUAUAUCUAAAAUUCUUGUGUUGAGUGUUCGAUUUAAAUCAAAUAAUUAUGAUGUUUAUGAUCAACAACCGCUCGUAA